UGAGUGAGUGAGUGAGUGAGGAUCGAGUUGCAGAGUUGAAAAGAAGGCAGAAAGAUGGAAGCAAACAACGCAGUGGGGCUGGUGGCUCCGUUUGUGCUAAAGACGUAUCAGAUGGUGAGCGAUCCUACCACAGAUUCACUGAUCGCAUGGGGCAAGGCCAACAACAGCUUUGUAGUGGUUGACCCCAUUGAUUUCUCACGGGAGCUUCUCCCUACUUACUUCAAGCACAACAACUUCUCAAGCUUUGUUCGUCAGCUCAACACCUAUGGAUUCAGAAAGGUGGAUCCAGAUAGAUGGGAAUUUGCGAAUGAGUCGUUCCUGAGAGGGCAAAAGGAAUUGCUGAAGAAUAUUGUACGAAGGAAGACCAACCGAAGUAGUUCCUAUGAGAUGCAGCAGUCCAAGCAAGAGGAUGGGGUGAUAGAGGAGGAAAGCAUCCUAUUAGAGUUGUCAAGGUUAAAGCAGGAGCAGAAGGCGUUAGAGGAUGAGCUCCAAAGUAUGAACGAGCGGUUACAGGCUACGGAACGACGGCCCCAACAGAUGAUGGCUUUCCUGUUCAAGGUAGUAGAGGAUCCUGAUCUCAUCACUCGAAUGAUGCUCCAGAAGGACUCAUCCAGGCGUCUUGGUGAUAAGAAGAGAAGGCUCAUGAUCGAAUCCCCUUUUUCCUCUGGAUCGGCGUCGGGAAAGACGACAACCUCUACUACCACUACCAAUACCACUACCACGGCUAGCAGCAGCAGGGCAGAGGAGGAAGAGGUGUCUUUACCGGAGAUGGUGUUUGGAACAGAUCAGAGCUUCUGUGAUUCGCCGACAUCGAACUUAUCGCCUUGGUUGAGCAAUAGUCAAGUGGUACCUGUGACGAAUACUCAUACGACAUCCUUGCUUCCAUCACCACCAGAGACUUUAGCCAUUGCGCCCUCCGUUCCGUCUACUUCUGCCACAGCGGCCGUCGUGACAAAUUGUACUGCGACGUGGUCACAUCUACAACCAAACCCGAUCGUUUCAGACUACGCCAACUCGGUGAUGUUCUUCCCGGAGUUGGGCAGCGGAAUCGGUUACGUCGGUGGUGUUGGAGUGGAGGUGAACGAUACAAAGACACCACCACCACCACCGCCUCCGCCACAACCUUAUCCCUUUUACCCAUUCUCCCUCCUAGGUGGUGGGGGCAGCGGCGGCUGUGGUCUAUAA